AUGCCUGACCAGCUGCGGUUUGACUCUUUAGGCUGCGCCACUGGCCCUGCCAGCGAAGUCAAGACUCCCAAUAUUGAUGCCUUCGCCGCAAGGGGCUCCUUAUUUACCAACUGCUACACGCAAGCGUCGGUAUGUUCCCAGUCCAGGUGCAGCAUGUUUACGGGGACAUACCCGCACGUCAGUGGGCACCGCAGCCUCGAAAACCUCAUAAAGCCGUGGGAACCCAAUAUCUUCCGAACCCUGAAAGAGAAUGGCUACCAUGUUGCUUGCCUCGCUCCUCGAGGCGACACCUUUGCUCCCACUGUGACUGAGCUCAGCGUAACGGAGUACGGAUUCCUGGAGACCCCCGAAUACGUUCCCAAGUUUGGUAAUGGAACGCCGCCUGAGAAGGACGAAAGCAUCUGGGGUCGCCUCUUCUAUCGUGGUCGCCGAGAUGCCGAUAAGUGCUUAGAUUAUGAUGAGGCCGUCGUUCGCUCGGCUCUCACUUGGCUCGACUGCCCACCUAAGGAUAAGCCUUGGGUUCUCUUCAUGCCUUUGAUAUUCCCUCACUGCCCGUUUCAGGUCGAAGAGCCGUACUUCUCCAUGUACGAUCGCACCAAGCUUUCGAGUAUCGAGGCGGACCACGAAAAGAAGACUGGCUAUGAGCCCCGGUACAUGAAGAGUAUCCGUGAUCGGUAUGGAACCGACCGCGCAACCGACGAGAUUUGGAAGGAGAUUAAGGCGACCUACUACGGCAUGAUUACGCGUUUGGAUGACCAGUUUGGCCGUGUCAUUCAGAAAAUUGAAGACUUAGGCCUCUGGAAGGACACCGUAACUAUGUUCUUUACCGACCAUGGGGAGUACCUUGGAGACCAUGGCCUCAUAGAGAAGUGGCCGUCAGGGCUUUCCGACACUUUGGUUCAUGAGCCCCUUAUCAUCGGCGGGGCUGGUCUUCCCGAGGGAAAGAGGAUUGAUGCCAUGACGGAAAUGGUCGAUUUCGUCCCCACGAUGAUGGAACUUACGGGCAUCGGCGAGUCGUACGCCCACAACGGUCUCUCUUGGGUGCCAAUUUUAUGCGGCGACGAGACCAAUCACAAGGAGUACGCCUUUUCGGAAGGGGGUUCCUUGUGUCGGAGGAACCUCUUCUGGAGCAGUCCCCGUACCCGUACGAUUUGA